UGUGUGGGCUGAUUGGAAUGCUCCGUGCUGGGGAAGGACAACGGAUUAUUGGUGGUCAGGAGACGAGUAUCAGCCAGGUGCCCUAUUUGGUGUAUCUCCGUCAAGGCGGCGGCUUUAUCUGCGGCGGUUCUCUGCUGACGACCAGUUCAGUGCUAACUGCUGCGCAUUGCGUCUACGGCGCCCAGGAGCAGGAGUACACUGUCCAUGCGGGCGCCAGUCGUCUAGACCAAACGGCGCCCGUGGUACGUAGUGUUACCCGCUUUCACAUAGCUCCAAACUACGCGGCCAGAAACUUUGACAUGGACGUGGCCAUACUGCAGCUGGCAUCGCCUGUGCCGCUGACAGCUGGUCAAGUUGCCACAAUUGCGCCUUGCCGAUCGCAACCGGCUGCCAACACAUAUGUCCGGAUCAGCGGUUGGGGCGUGCAGCAGGAGAGUAGUCGGAAGCCAGCGGCCCAGGUGCGUACAGCUGUGGUCCGCGUGCUGCCCGGCUUGGAGUGCCAGCUAGCCUACGCUGGCCAGGCGCAGCUCAGCGAUUCCAUGCUAUGCGCUGCUGUGCGCGGCAUAAAGGACUCCUGCUCCGGAGAUUCUGGUGGACCGUUGGUCUAUCGCGGCGAGGUCUGCGGCAUUGUCUCCUGGGGAUUCGGCUGUGCGCGUGCUGCCUAUCCCGGCGUUUACACCAGUGUGGCCAGCGCGCGUGUGAAGCAUUUCAUAGAUAAAACGCUGGCAAAACUUUCGAGUUUGAGCUAG